CCGUAUAUCGUUAAUAUCGUCGCGGAUUCAAUAGUAAAUAAUAUUAGGAAAAUAUGUGUUAGAAACUAUUACGCGCCCGUGCGACUUGUACUCCGAGCAUUAUUAUUAUAAAGGAACAACCAAAAAAUAUGUCUACGUCCUACGGCGAGGAUAGCCCGUUAUUAGGCGCGGACUCGGCAUCGAUCCGUUCGUCCCCCAUCUUCAAGCCCCCGACGGAUGACGAAGAGGAGGGGCCUUCCUCACCACCCGAGUUCGGGAACGUCGAAGACGACGUGUUGCCCGAGGAAUCCGUCCUGGGGCGAAACAUCGACUGGAAGAGCGCGUACAUCAUCGCGAUUUCUAGGGUCAUCGGGAGCGGCAUCUUCGCAGUCCCGGGGGUCAUCCUCUCUUCCGUCGGAAGUGUGGGUCUCUCGCUCCUGGUAUGGAUUCUGGGCGCCGUCGUCGUAGCCUGCGGCCUGACCGUGUCCCUCGAGUACGGCUGCAUGCUGCCGCGGUCCGGCGGCGACAAGGUCUACCUCGAGUUCACGUAUCCGUGGCCGCGCUUCUUCGCCUCGACCAUGAUCGCGGUCCAGGCCGUGCUCUUGGGCUUCACGGCGAGCAACUGCGUCAUAUUCAGCCAAUACGUGCAUUUCGUAUUUGACGUCGAGGCCCGGGAUUUUUCUAAGAAGGCCUUGGCAGUCGGGCUCCUCACCGUCAUCACGAUUAUCCACGGCGUCUGGUACAGGGCCGGUAUACGUAUUCAGAACUUUCUCGGGUGGAUCAAGGUGGGGAUUGUGGUAUUCAUGGUGCUAUCGGCCCUCUACGUUGUAGUUUUGAGACCCGAGCAGGAAGAUGUGGGCAUCAGGCCGACGAAGUUGCAAUCAUGGGAAGGGCUAUGGGACGGGAGUGACUGGAACCUCGGAACUCUUGCGACUUCGUUGUUCAAGGUCUUCUAUUCCUACGCUGGUUUGUCUAAUUUGAACAAUGUCAUGAACGAAGUAAAAGAUCCUGUCAGAACCUUGAAGUCGGUCUCGCUGACGGCUCUGGUUACUGCAUGUCUCCUCUACCUACUAGCCAACCUCGCUUACUUCGCUGUGGUACCUAUCGAGGAUAUCAAGCGGAGCGGUCAACUAGUUGCAGCCUUAUUCUUUGAACGCACAUUCGGCCCCAAUAUUGGUAAGAGGUUUUUGCCGUUGGCCGUUGCGCUUUCAGCAGCAGGUAAUGUGAUGGUAGUGACAUUUUCGACGGCACGUCUGAACCAAGAAAUUGCCAGGGCAGGCUUUUUACCAUUCUCCAGAUAUCUGUCUAGUUCAAAGCCUUUUAACGCACCGUUAGGAGGGCUAAUUGUACAUUGGAUCCCUUCUGUUCUGGUAAUUAUACUUCCGCCGUCCAGCGAGGUGUACUCCUUCAUAUUAGAAGUCGAAGGCUACCCGGGACAAAUAUUUGCUCUUGCAACAUCAAUAGGACUUAUUUGGCUGCGUUAUAAGCGGCCGGAUUUGAAACGACCGUUCAAAGCCUGGAUCCCGGCGGUCAUUUUCAGGAUCAUCCUAUGUUUUUCUUUACUAGCCGCCCCCUUUUUCCCUCCGUCUCAUCCGAAACCCGGUGGUCUAUUCUACGCUACGUACGCCAUCGUCGGCGUCGGCAUACUUGUAUUCGGCGUCCUAUACUGGCUCGUAUGGACAAUCAUAUUACCCCGACUUGGCGGAUAUAGUUUGGAAGAGAAACAAGAGGUGCUAGACGACGGGACAGCUAUCACUGUGCUAACACGCGUGCCGAAUGAUGUUGACUAAUUGUUUAAUACCUCCUGGAUGUCUUUUUAAAUGACCUAUGCUUACUUGAUUUCUACUGAUGACUCGGGUCCUAUUAUCUUGCAGAUCGGUUACAUUGUUAGGCCGAGGCUGUGUAAUUCGGCAUCAUAGUAUCAUGCGAUAAUGAGCCCUAGAUGGAGGAUAACCAUAGAUAUCAAAAGAAAGGAAGGCUAUAAACUGGCAAUAAAUAGAGCUUGAAGUAAAUAUGCUUAAUUAGAAAGCAGAAUAUGAC